AUGUGGGAGUUCUGGCGCAGCCGGCUGUCGAAGGGGCCCAAUCGGGCGAGGCGGGAUUCGAUCGCCGGCGAGGAGGGGGCCGCGGGCCGGGCGUCUGAAAAGAGCGACCGCAGCUCGUUCGUCAAUUUCAAGGACCUGAAUCUGAGGGUGGGGGGGGAAUGGGAUGAUGCGGAGAGCGACGAGCAUGAGGGGGAGGGAGGGACGGGGGGCAGUAAAGCAAGGAAGGUCGUCGAGCGCAACAAGCUGAUCAUCAUCAUGGUGGGCCUGCCCGGGAGGGGGAAGACGUUCCUGUGCAACAAGCUGGCGUCGUAUCUGAACUGGUUGGGCCAUCACACUUGGCAUAUCAAUGUGGGCACAUAUCGGCGACAGCUGAAGGAUGAUGGGCAGAUACAAGACGCUUCAUUCUUUGAUCACAGGAAUCCGGCUGGCAUGGAAGCUAGGGAGAAGGCUCUCCAUGCGGCCCUUGAUGAUCUGAUGCUGUAUCUGCAAAGUGAUGAAGGACAGGUCGUCAUAUUCGAUGCCACGAACUCGACAGAGAGCCGGAGACGAUACCUGAUCAGCAAGUUCCAUGGAAGAUUCCAGUACAUGUUCAUUGAGAACAUCUGCAAUGAUGAGGAAGUUCUGAUAGAGAAUUACCGCCAGAAAAUGAAAUACAGCCCAGACUAUCUUGGAGUAGACACGGAAGAGGCUCUGCGUGACUUCCAGGCAAGGAUAAAGAACUACUCAGAGGUGUAUGAGACCAUAUCUGAUCGGAACAUCCACUACAUCAAGUUGAUAGACAUGGUUACUGGCCGUGGCCACAUGGACGUGAAUCGCAUAAGUGGAUACCUGCCCGGCAAGAUUGUGUUUUUUCUCAUGCAGGUGUGCAGGGUCGGCAUAGGCAAACGCCGCAAGCUUUGGUUCAGCAGGCAUGGGGAGAGCGAGUACAACAGGCUGGGUUUGCUUGGCGGUGACAGCCCUGUGAGCCCGAAGGGCGAGGAGUAUGCCAGGAUGUUGCCUGACAUACUAGAUGAACGACUGGAGCAAGUGGAGCAUGUGGGCAAUGAUGAUGGUGUGCCCCUGUCUGUCUGGACAUCCACUCUCAGACGAACCAUCCAGACUGCUCAACACCUGCUCAGACAGGCGCCGCCAGAGGAAUGGUAUCCUAGUGGCGAGAGCUACCUGGACGUCAUCCAGCGACUGGAGCCGGUCAUCAUCGAAAUGGAGAGGGAGAAGGAGUCUGUCUUCAUCAUAGGCCACCAGGCCAUCCUCAGGGUGAUCUACGGCUACUGCAUACGAGCCCCCCUGGACACAAUCCCCACAAUCCCCAUCCCCCUGCACACCCUGAUCGAAUUAACACCAAUGCCCGAUGGCACAAUGAAGGAGCAGCGCUUCACCGUGGACGUGACCACACCGCCGUCCUCGCCCCCGCCUGUGCCACCCAUGCGCUGGUUCCGUGGAGGGGACCUCGCGCCCAUGCAGAUCAUGGCGACGUCCAUAAAGGACGAGCUGUCGGACACGGAGGAAUCGGAGGGGCUUCCUGACGACCAAGGGGAGGGGGCUGAGGCGGCUGAGUAA